GUAUGUUGUUCUUUUUUCUUUGUUCGUGUCCUAUUGGAUGCUUCGGCCUUCGUGCCUUCGCGCUUACUUGCGCUUCGGCCUCUGUGCCUGCGUUCAUGUUAGCGCUUUGCAUCUAUGGCAUGCAUCAGCCUAUCUUUUCUGGCAUCCGCCGUAUGCUUAUUCCGUUCGCUGGUUGUGUGCUGCUAUUUCUUCUUUCUGACUCUUUGCCUUUUUUUUGUUAACAGUUCAACCGUUUGUUUCCGAAUGUAAG